UGACGAUAUGUCUCUUGCUCCCACGACCACAGGUCACCUUUGCCUCCAGCCGUCGUACUUCACGUCUUCGGUAUAUGUAAAUGCGGUUCGGGAUGACAUCAAGAUCCUCGUAAAAAGCUUCGAGGAGCAGUACUCAAACUCGCCUCACUGGACGUGUCCCUUCAAGCUCUUCAAGGAAAUCUGGUGUUCUCAGGGCUGGCAGUGGUUGCACCUCAAGAUAUUUGACCCGAGAGGCAGGGAUGCGUUUUUACAUACUACCUUGCGAUUGUUCCUUGAGUGCGUAAUGCGUUUGGAGAAACCAAUGACAAGUCUUGUUACGCUCUUCGGCCUGUAUACAUUCUUCUACACUCAACCGAUGGACGUCUGUCCGCCGUUGCAUUCUGUCGAGCAUAUCCCUAUACCUUGUGAUCACUACAGGACUCUUAUGUCGAUUCCGGACACACUGACAACGACAGAACUGAACCCUUUCAAGCCUGCUGUGCUGCACAUUCUGAAGACCUUUGUGACAUCCCAGGUCUUCCAUAUCCUUCCCGAAGCUAGACUUGGCUGUCAAAAUCCACGUACACUCCCUCGGGAAAUUGUUGUUCCUGAUGUUUUAGAUGAAGAGGGACCCAAGCGAAAAGGACGGCCAACGAAAGGAGACAGGGUGAAGCGAUCGAAAAUUGCGCUUGACAACCUUGAUCAAUGGAUGCAGAAGACCUCCCUGCCUGGUUCAAGCGGUCUCGGUGCUAAGCACCAUCUGAUUACCAACCCACCUGCAGAGCCAACGCUACUACAGUACCAAAUGCGCAAGGAGAUGUUGUUGCAUGCCCUGGACAAAGACCCAGAGGGAAAGGCAUACAUUAGUGAAGCAAACGAAGAAGUCUUCAACCGGUUGAAGCUGUCAGAAGAAUUAGCGGAAAGCGAGGUCGAGUCGGAUUCUGGACCGCCUGGGUUACGACGAGUGCAACGAGCAAUGAAAGAGAAGGAUAGAGAGGGACGGCGGGGCGGUUUGUUAGGUUUGCUUGAGGGUGCUGGCCGGUAAAUUUUGAAUAAAUGUACAUUACUCAAAAAUUGGAUAGUGUAAGCAUGGGAAAUAGU